CAGUGAUUGGUCGCUUGCCAAGGGCUAGUGUCCUGUGGUAAGGUGAACAAUUUGGCAGGAACGGCUGAGAAGCUCUCCGUGCUGCGACUCUUUCAAGUUUCAACUGGCUAUCUGCUCCCCCUCACACUGAGACUCAACAAAGCCGACUUCGACUGCUGGUGGUGCCAGGCUGUCUUAAGCACCGCCCUUCUUUUUUUGGCCUGCCCAAUCUUGAUCCAGGUUUUGUACUGCCUGGUAUUUGCAAACUACGGGCAACAUAUUCCGCCGAAAAUGCGCAGAUGUAGCCUCUUCCACAGGCUUCACCCAGUCCCCGAGAGGCACAACACCGGCGGGGUGGAGUGCGACGGCGACACCACCAGCGAGAAGCCCGAUAGCGUCCGGCGGCAACGGGACUGGUCUGCUGUCUUCUUGACCGUCAUCAGGUUCCUCCAGUUCGCUUAUUUUGCCGGCUUGUAUGUCUCGCUCCACCAUCUGCAGUGGUCGAGCUACUUCUGGGAUGACAGCCCGUGGCAGCGUUCGCCGGACCAAAGGCGAAAUUCCUGGCGGCUGAUGCGCUGGGUUCGGAUGCAGGCGUCCGUAACCUUGAUGUACCACGCCGGUGCCCUCGUCGUCCCGUGGCUGCUGCGGCUCUUGCGGGCGACGAGGCGGCCCUUCACCAGCCUGGCUACCGUAUUCGGCGACGGGUGGGCUCUGAUGGCCUUGCUCAACACUCUAGUCAUGCUCGACUCCACCCACGAGGAAUAUUGUCAUGGCCCUCUACAGGGAGGCGUAGACUUUGACCUGCGGAAUGUGUUCAACUCACGCAGCCGGACUGCCUGUAAAUCACUCGAUCUGGUCUUCGGGUUUGGCGGCCUCGUCAUCGUCUCGCAUCUCGUGACCGCCAUCGUCACCGGCUGGCGUGCAAAGCGGUCUCUUCCCGCAGCGCAUGCAAAGGUUGAGCCCCCCAGUGAUGUCGAACAGGGGGUUACCCAGCGCCCCUCGCGCGAAGAGCCGAGCCCUCCAGCAACCACCAACCCCCAUCGUGAACUCUCGCCACCGCCCUCUUACCACUCCGCCAUUGUCACCGAGACGUCCCCGGAUAACCAAGAGUACGCAGUGCGUGUGUCUACACAGAGCUCAAGAGGCCGGUCGUCGAUGGAGACGACCUCGUCUCUCGGUAUCGAAAGAUACGGGUACCUGGUGUCGGAUGGAUGGCGUGCCCCUGAGCAACCACCGGUGUAUUCAAGCAGGCCACCCAGUCUGCAUAAUGCGGCGGUCUGAGCUGAUGGUCUCCGCGGGGAUGGAGGGAUCGUUUGAGGGCCUACGACCGUUUGGAAAUAUGUUUGGAAGCGUCUCUGU